AUGAAGGGGCAAAGCACUGCUGGGGUUACCCCCACCCGGGGUAACCAAGUAUCCGGCGUUGUCAAGGGCAAAAAAGCCAGAAAAUCCCUUGACAGCGCCAAGGAGCAACAAAGGGCCGUCCAGUGCCCACUCAGUCCUCAGAGUGGUGUCAGUGACAAGAUCGGAGAUUCCCAACCACGCGAGGACCGGGGAGCUGCUGCUGCUACUACUACCCCUGUCCUCGGAAAGCAUAAGCACGCAAGUGCCAGCAGCAGAAGCAGCAGCAGCAGCAGCAGCAAGAGCAGCGGGGGCUCAGAUGCUCACUCCCAAGCUGCCGAGACAGCUGCCACUACCCCCGUUUCGAGCCCCACACCCACCGAGCCCUCCGGGGCCAUGAAGUGGAAGAAAGGUCGAAAGGCGGGCAAGAAAGAGCGGCAGAAGCGGCAGUGCACCCAAGAGAGUGCUGCCCCAGAGAGUGGUUUCUGUGGGAAGUAUAUCGGUCUUCCCGUUGAAGAGGCGAGAGAGUUCGCUUGGAAGGCGCACCGAAAUGAGUCCAUUUCGGACCAGCCCACAGAGUACCAUGACUUCUGGGUUGAUGCGUCGCUCUCUGGACUUAAGAGCGUGGGGGCUGGGGCGGCGGUGGUGUAUAAGGAAGACCCGCAGAGCGAAGCUUUCAUCGAGGACAUGUAUUACGUCGAUGAAAUCCGGAAGGAAAUCUGCUUGGGUGAGAUGUUUGCCAUCGGCGCCGGGUUGAAGACCGCUGUUGCGAGGAUGGAAGAACGGGGACGGCCGGGGCAGGCCACAGAGGCGAAGGCCCAGGUUGUUGUUCGGGUCUUUAGCGACAGCCAACGGGCCAUGGGUACCAUCGAGAAGGGUACGAAGAGGCAGGACCCGCUGGAAGUCGGCCUGGUGCGGUCGGUGAUUGCGCUUUCGCAGCGACUUUCCCAGAUGGGAGUCGAGGUCGAGCUUCGUUGGGUCAAGGGGCACGAGAGAGCUACCCCUGGCCAUAAAGCAGCUGACUUGCUGUCCAAGGCAGUCACAAGGCAUAUGCAGAAUGGAGUUGGCGACAGGGCCGUCAUCCAGAUUCGCAGGGUCGACUGCGCCUCCUUGGUGUCCUGA